AUGUCGUUCUCUGUGUCGGAAACGCAUGAAGUGCCGGGGCGGCGGGAAACGGUGGUUGGGAUGCGCCGUGAGUGGAAUUUUUCCCUUACUUUUGUCCACCAGGCCGCGCGUGUUGUCAUGCAGCUCUCUCCGCAGUGGGAGAGUACAUUCAUUGAUCCACGUGACUUUGAGCAGCUCAAUCGUCUUGACCGCGAUGUGAAGCACUGCCCCAUGAUGCCGGCGCUGCGCUACACGGACCUUAGUGCCGUCAUGAAACCGAAAAACGAGCUCUGGACGGAGAUACCAAAGCGUGUCUCCAUCAUGUACUCGCACAUUCCCCCAGACAUGACGUUGGCGGCGUACUGCAUCCGGAGUGUACAGCAUGUCCUCUCCGACCCACACGUCGUUUCUGUUGAUGGUUCCACCGACUUGUUGCACCUGCGGGUGGGCGGCAAACUUCGUUGUCCGCAUCGGCUUGGCGGUCGCCGCAGCUUCCAGUUCCGCUACCAUGUCUCCGUGAAGUCAAAGCUCAUUAAGGACAUGGUGUAUGCGAUCGGGACGAUCAUCAACCAACGCGGGUAUCUUUGCACGGUGCAGUGCUCCGAGGAGGAGGAGCUCGAGGGGUACUUAAAGAAGAACUUCUUGCCGCAGUUCACCAACCCAGACAAGUUUGCCGUUGACCAGGACGUGGAGUACGAGGAGAUGACAUCAACGAUUCUCAAGGAGCAGCAGGAGCUUUUUGGUGAAUUGCACUACUUUGAUGCCGAUGCCGCCGUGGCCUUUUCUAUCCCGAUGCAUCCCAUGCGGAUACGCCCGGAUUUUUCCCCAACGCAAACUGUGGGUGUGGGCUCUGUCGCCUGCAUGACCCUUGAGCUCUAUGUGCACCAAAAGUUGAUUGACGACCUUGCAGAGGCGGAUAUCAUGGGGAUGCCAAAGUACAAGGUGAGCCCGGUGAUCCUCUUUCUCGACGUGGAGGAUGUGGCUCGCAUGGGGUACCCACGCAUCAUGUCAACCGAACAGUACAGUCAUCUCAAGACAAAACGACUUCUAGAAAUAUUUGCCGACGCUAAGCUUGUUGGAACGCCUGUCACAAAUCAAAUGGGCAUUCGUGCCGGUCGCAGUCGGACUGUGACGCUCACAUACGAGCCGCUAAACACCGUUGUGAAGGUCAUGACUGUCUCCACCAUUGUGGGCAGUCACGGUGUGUCGGCAGUGUUUCUAACAAAGCUCGGCGGUGGUCUUUUUGACGCCCACCUCUACUUGUACCAGCAGCUCCUUAAGGGAAUCAAGUUUUGCGAGCGAAGUGCCGCUAAGAUACAUUUAAGUCGCUCCCGAACCGUGAACGUCCGCCUGUUGGAGCAGAACAUACCACGCGUGUAUGCCGACGCCCCGGCGGACGAGCGGCAGGCGAUGGAGCGGCACCUCAAGUUUUUACGGGAGUCGAGCGACGGUCGGGUCGAAGGGGGCAUCGUGAUUGUUGUGCCACCGGAGGAGGGCGGCCUGGAGAAACGCGACGAGCAGAAAACUCGGUCUGCAUCUUCCUAUCGAAGGCAACUGCAUUCACAGCCGUCGAAUGUAAACGACAGCACGACUGGGCGUCACUCCGCUGGAUCAAACAAUAGCCAGAUGUUAAUCUUUCGUGGGAGUGGGAGCUGCGUGGAUCGAGGGCCCAGCGAGGUGCUUUGCGAGGAGUACGAGGAGACAUCGGUUGACGAGGAAGGAGCGUCUCUCUCGAACCUUGAACUAUCAUUUCACAGCAACUCGGUCAUUAGCGCCAGCAGCAUUGCACACCUGGGGGACGCGGUUCCGGAUGACUCUCUCGUGGACGCGGACGCAGAGGGCACCGCAAUCCGUCGAGGUAGCGCCGCCGCCUCACCGACUGACAGCGGAGAGUGUGGGGGUGAGUUGCUGGCGACAUCAUCUCCACUCAUGCAAGUGCCAGCCCAUAAUUCCGCAGAACUCUCUGCUCUCAUGGUCGCGGAGGUGGCGGAGCGCGAGGCACUGUGCCCGUCGUCUGCCACGACACCGGAACGGCUAAACUUGCCGCACUCCAGCACGGUGUCCGGCUUUGUGGACGGCACGGAGGGCGGCCUUGCAGAGACGCCCCAUGCAACACAACAGCAACAGCAGGAGGAGAGGGAUGAUGAGCAGCGGCACCAGCAGCAGCUUCGCGAGGUACUCAAGGACAACGAGGCGGAUGUUUACUUUGGGCCCUCCUUGCAUGACAUUUAUGUGCGUUCUUGCGAUAUGCAGCGCUGCAAGCCGAACAGUUAUUUAUUGAAGAAGUUGCCGACGGAUCCGCGCUUCACUAAUGGCGUACUCGAAUUGGAUCUCAGUUCCAACUACUUGGGUCGAGGGGGAUUUGUCGCGCUGUUGAAUCUCAUGGAACACCUGCCACAACUGCGGACGGUGUACUUCAACGACAUGUCACUAGACAACGUGGACGCCGAGAACCUCUGUGAGGCGCUCAUUGGCAACAAGAGCCUCCGCGCGGUGUACCUUCGAAACAACAGCAAGAUCACCCUCCCCUCCACGCGCUUCUUCACACGGCUGCUGCGGGCGAAUACAAACAUUGUGGUGUUGGACCUUAAGGGGACGCGACUGGGUCACAACGUCAUCAAGAAAUUAGAGGAAGACGCAAAGAAGAACGCCGUUAGGCGUGGCGUGGAGCAGGCAUGA